GUCCAGCACAGCCCCCGCUGUGGUGCUUGCCCUAGGCUUCCUCCUGACCCUGGUGGUCCUUUGCAGCUCUUGCUGCUGCCAUCGGCAGCACAGCCGUCGCCGCGCGCCGUCCUGUGUCCCGAGCUUUUGCUUGGGAGCCAUGUCAAUUGUUUUGGUUGUGGCUGGGGCCUUCGUCUACUGGGAGACGAGCUCCAAGGCGCUGGACACAGCACAGCAUCAGCUGACCCGUGCGUCGCAUGAUGUGUCCGUGGCGAAGGAUCAGGGAACCCUGAUGAAGGCCACGGGGCUGGCGAUGAUGGAGAACUUGGAGGGCAUUUCUUCGACUUGCCCUCCAGGCACCAAGACGGUGGUCCAGUCCUACGUCAGCCGCAUCGAGAAGCAGAUCAGCAGCUUCAACAGCGCAACCGACGCCUUCCAGAAAGUGGUGGACCCACUGCCAGAGAAGGUCGGCGAUGUGAAGGACCGUGGCAGCGCGAUCGGCAAGAUUGCCAUGGCUGCGCUCUUGGGGCCUCUGGCGCUCGUCCUCUUGAGCUGCACAGUGGUUCUGAUCGCUGUCAUGACGUCCUGUUCAGGCAGAUGCGCCGGUUGCUGUCUACGAAGCCUCGCGCCGGUUCUCUUGGCACCCACGGUGCUCGUCAUCACCUUGGCAGCAUCUACCCAGUUGGAAAUGGGUAUCAUCGCGAGCAGCUUCUGUGAAGAUGUGGACACCAACGCGCUGACCUGCAUUGGAAGGCUCGCGGGAGUGGAGUCCGAGGAGUACAAGCUCAGUGAGUAUUACAUCACGGGUGAAGGCACAAACACUUUGUUGGAAGACUUGGACAACGCUUCCGUCCUCUUGACUAGCGCGAACAAGACGAUCUCGUCUUACGGCACACAGGUGGAAUCCCUCUGCUCCUGGCGAGGGCUACCCGAGUUGGAGGAUGCUGCGGCCAAGGCCAACCACAGCUUGGAGAUCGGCAACCAGCUGCUCUCCGAGCAGAAUGUCUACAGGUACUACGAUGUGGCCAUCAGACAGGAUCUCUGCAAGACCACCAUCGUGGGCCUCGGAUGGCUCGUGAUCUUCCAGGUCGUCGUGGGCCUGCUGCUACUGCCCAUGCUCGUCUGUGUCGCCGGGCGCUACCUGGAAGCUCGCCGCGGUUGGUACAUGGAGCGGGAG